AUGGGGGUCAAGGCUGCUUUUAUUGGAGCUGGCGGAGCUACGCUGAUUCAUGUGCUCCAAUGGACGCUGCUUGCCGGACAUCAUGCUGCCGCUCUUGUGAGGAACCCCAAUAAGCUCAAGAAGGUCCUAUCAAGUCAGGGUGUCUCUGAGGAGAUCCAGCAAUCUCAAUUGACGAUCGUCAAAGGAUCGUCGAGGGAUUUGGAGGCACUUGUUGAGCUUCUUCGCCACGAUCCAGAGCUCAUCUUCAGCGGUAUAACAAGUUUGCCAAAGUUCAGCUACAAUCCAUUCCGUCCUGUCGGUAUGGAAGAUGCCACAAUCACUGGUGACUCGGCUGCCGCGGUAGUAGAUGCUCUGCGACAGCUCAGAUCUACCAACAGCAUCAAGAACGCCCCUUUGUUUGUACCCAUUUCCUCCACCGGACAUGGCUCUCGGCGUGAUCAGCCGCUGCUUCUAAUUCCGCUUUAUCUGUGGCUUCUACCAAUCCCCCAAGCAGAUACAGCAGUUCUAGAGAAGGUCACUCGGCAAGCAGCAACAGAGGCUGAUUCACCUUUGGGUGGAUACGUUAUGCUCCGUCCACCACUACUUACACAUGGCUUAAUGAAAGGCACUAAUUCGGUCCGUGUUGGGUGGAUCUGGGAAGAUGCUAUUUUUAAGAAAAAGGACGAAAAGGAACAUGGCAUUGAAGUGGGCUACACCAUUAGUCGCCUGGACUUGGCUAAAUGGAUGUUUGAUGAGCUCGUUCAAGGAGACGCAAAUCGCUGGAAGGGUAAAUGCGUCAACAUUACGUAUUAG